CACACACACACACACACACACACACACACACACACACACACACACACACACACACACACACAACAGAAAGAAAGACACACAAACACACAGAUAGACAGACACACACAAACACACACACACAGAUGAUUUGUACAAGUCAGUUUGCGUUAUACACAUGCGCCAUGCAUACACCAGUUAAUGCGCCAUGCGUAUCCCUCGUUGAUAUCAGCCGCUUAAAUUGUGUCGUCAAAUCGUUUUGUUUCCAACGCGAGUCUCUCUAAUCUGAACCCGGACACCUUCCUCCAUCAUCACUCUCAUUCAUUCGCGCCGCUUCCUCCCACGGCAGGUCCCAAUCGGUACACAGCGCGGGAACGACAUUUCAACGACGAUUUCGAUCGAAACGCGAUCGCAGAGGGACAGAAAAGAAUGACAGAAGCACAGUCAGCCUCCAAGUCUCGUCAUCGGAUCGCAGGCGGCGGCGUAUCCCGCACGCCAUCUUCAGUCAACAGAAGUGGCGCCGUCGACGAGUCAGACUUCGAAAAAAUGUUUGCUGAAACACCUCACGUGACCAUUCACUCAGCGCGUCAUCUCGAGGAGGACUUGGCGGAAAUCGUGACGACACUCGAAAACGAGAAGGCACAAUGGGAGAUGCGAGUGGCGGCUUUGAAAAAGUUCCGAGGUCUGGUGAAGAACGGCGCGCAGGAGCACGACGAGUUUCCUCAUUUAUUGCGCGAAAUGCAGGAGGCGUUCAGAAAGGCUGUCGUCGACUUGCGUUCGCAGGUGGUGCGAGAGGCUUGCGUCGCCAUCAGUUUUGCUGCCGUCUCGAUGGGGUUGAAGUUUGAUCAGUUUGCGGCGGCCGUGUUGACAGCCCUUUUCCAAGUGCUACCAAACAGUGCAAAAAUUAUUUCCAGCUCCGGUCACGUGUGCAUUACCUUCAUAGUAAAGCAUGUUCACUCACAUAUCCUUAUUCCACUCUUUACUAACACAGUGACAUCAAGAUCUUCCGUCAUUAGAAGACGUGGAGCUGAGUAUAUUAGUCAGUUGCUGAACACGUGGGAGGCGAAACAUUGUGACAGGCACCCACAAGAAAUAGAAUCCGCCAUUAGCAAAGCAAUAGUCGACAGCGAUCCGGGUGCCAGAGCAGCAGCUCGCAAUGCUUUCUGGAGUUACUCGGAUCAUUUCAAGAAGAGAGCUGACAAGCUGUUGAAUACGUUGGACAGUGGCACUCAGAAAUUGCUCCUUCAGAGUCGACCAUUGAGCACGGCUGUCGUGUCGACGCCUUCCAGGAGGUCGGUUAAGAAGUCGGCGAUGCCUGCCAAGUCGAGUAAACUGUUUCAUGCGAGUGCGCCUGACUUGAGUGAGGAUCUGGGCAUUAAAGCUACUCCUAGUCGCCGAAAAGGCUUCACUAAUCCAAGUUCUGCCACCGUGACUCGAAUGACUUCAACUACUAGUGAGAGAAGAGGAGAGAUGAACUCUGAGAGGCCAUCGGGACUAAAAGUGGCAAACCAUUCUAGCACAUUGUCAGCACAUAAGGAUUCAGUGUCUUCCAUUGGAACAAGUGAACAACCUUCUCCAACUUAUCAUUCCCCAACUCAUCACUUAUCACCUACCCAUCCUAGAGCCGACGCUGACAGUACCUUAUCUAAUCAUAUAGAGUCAUCUCCUUAUCCUGUCUCCGACUCUGUCCAUCAGUGGGUGACUACGACACGAGGCAGAACACCCAAGCAUUCACACGGCAGUCUCACAUUGUCACACCACGAUACUCCCAGAUCACAAAUCCGACUGCCAUCAUCAAGAGCACACAAAUCACCACGGACACCAAAAACCUACACUUACUUGACGAAGGAAGCAUUGGACAGUCUCACGAAUCGUGUGAGGAAAGAUUCCACGAAUGCCGAUUCGGAUGACGAUGCGGCGAGUAUUACGAGCGACGUCUCGUUUUCGUCGACGAUGUCCGAGAUGACGUCGACAAGAUUUAAUUUGAUCGAGGACUUGUCGGAGAUCAUGUCAAUGGGAAGGAGCAGUUUGUGGACGGAUCGAAAGGAUGCUGUUAUGAGCCUCCACCAUUUACUACACACACCACGAACAUUCACAAAACCAGAAUUGAAGAGUGUCACUGAAUUGUGUCAAAAAUUCUUUGUAGAGCCACACACGAAGGUGUUUGGACUUUAUUUGGAUUUUCUUUGUGAUUUUGUCAGCAUACACAAUUCGGAGCUUCACGAGUGGCUGUUUGUGUUAUUGCUGCGAAUGUUGCACAAACUCGGUAGCGAAAUUAGAGGCUCGUUGUUAAGAAAAUUGGCAUACACAGUGAAAGUUGUGAGAGGAUCGUUUGUUACUGCACUGCAGUUCGCAACAGUGAUGAGAAUCAUGCUGGAUCAAUCACAGCCAAUGAAUCCAAAGACCAAACUCGCUGCAUUGAACUUCCUUCUGGAGCUCAUUCCCGUGAUGGAAUCACAAGACCUACAAAAUGUCCCAGACGCACGACUCGGCGUAACGAAACUCAUCACAUUCACAUCAGAACCAAAGAGCGUAGCAAUACGACGAGCAGCCUGCUGUGUGCUCAUCGCUCUCUUCGAUCUCAACACGGCAGCGUUCACCGUCCUUCUAACCCAACUCUCUAAACACUUUAGGGAUAUUGCCACAAGGAUAUUACAGCAUCACACAAAGAAAGAAUCGGACGGUCAGCAUGCCGCCUCCUUGCUGUCAUCUCGUGCUCAUAAUGAGCAGCUGGCGAGUGCAGUGAAACGAUCACAGAGUGGAGAAUUGGCAAAAGUGAAAAGCGGCACUGGAGAGUUGGCAGAGAGACAGAGAACGUCGUCAGGAGACAAGAGACACCUUGGUCAACAAGGAUCGUUUAUUGGUAGUCGUAUUCCUCAUCUGAGAUCUCAACUUCCCACUUCGCGUUCGCCUAUUCAUGGAGCCAGUCCUCUGAUGCCUUCCUCUCUCUCACACACGAAUGUACAAGCUCAGAGACAUCAAGUCGAAGAUGAACACCAAGUGAGACGGAAGAGUCCUAGCACGGGAUCCAUGGUUAAUGUUACGAAGGUGGAGACGGAAAUUAGGAGAGUUAGUGAUGGGCAGCAGCCAGUUGUGGAGGGAAUAAGAAGAGGACGAAGUCCGUUUGUAGAGAAGAGUAGUGUUGGUGGAGCCGUGUCUAACAGCAGCGAAGGGAGUGAGUACAAUCCGAAUCGUUAUCAAGACAGCAAUGGACUAAAUGGGCAGACUGACAGUGAUGACGUCAACGAGACAGAAAGAGAACCAGCUAAAUACUCAGUAUUAAUACAAGAUCUAGCAUCAUCUGAUUCCACCAGUGUUGAGAAAGCAUUGAGGAGUCUUAUUGAGUUGGCACGCGACGAAGAAUUCGAAUUCUGGGAGGAAUGUUUCUCUCAGUGUGUGGCACACAUAUUUGUUCAUCUCAAAAGCGAAGUGCCGAACGUUCGGACGCAAGCUCUUCGUGCGUUUUAUGAGGUUUUGCGAAGUCAGCCGAUGAGGUUCACACCGUUGACUGUGGAGGCUACACAACACUGUCUAGAUGCAUCAAGAGAUUCUGUAGAAAAUAUUUCGAAGUCUGUGGACGAGUUAUUGAUUCCAUUGGCCGUUGCUGUCGAUCCGCGUGAGUGUGCGAAUCUUUUGACUCCGGUGGUUGCUAAAGAAGACGUGCCUGUAUUACCGGUUGCAGUGAAGUUACUCACUAAGGUAAUCGAGAGACUCACAACAGAUCAGUUGGUCUCAUUCCUUCCACAGAUCAUGCCUGGCCUUGUCGCUGCAUACAGUCACAGUGCAAGUGGAGUACGGAAAGCAAGUGUGUUCUGCAUGGUGUCUGUGCAUGUUGCAGUCGGUGAACAGAUGGCACCGUUUCUCACUCAACUAACAGGAAGCCAGAUGAAACUAUUGAAUCUCUACAUCAAACGAGCAGCAUCAAAUACGACCAGCCCAAUGUCCCAAACAACAAGAUGACGCGUCGAUAUCAGACCCUCUUCUCAUACUUUGUUUGCUAGUUGUUGGAAUGACAUAAAGAGACAUGGAAAUCUCAUUGAUACUCGCGCGUGACACACAUUCUACUCUUAGUAGGUUAAAGUAUGACGAACGCACGAGGGACAAUGUUGGUGAUAGAUAACUGCGGAUCGUUUCCGCCUGCCUUUCAUAUGUAAAGUUUGCAACGUUGAUGCGGGGAUGUUGUACAGUGACAAGAGAUGUGUUUUACUUGUCUGCCUAUAUCUACAGUAUAUGUUUUGACAUGACGUAAUAUAGUAGCACACAACAGCAACAGAGAGUCGGGAGUGUUGUAGUCACGUGACAAAUUUUGAUUUGAUAUUAA